AUGAGUUCUGCAGUUGUUGAUGCGUUCAACAGAUUGAACCUUCAAUUAGGCUCUAGCCCAUCAGAAUACGAAAAAGUGUACGGAGUUUCGUACGAAUACUUGUCAAAAGUAAAGAACUUUGACGAUUUGCAAGCAUUUAAAAACUGUUUGGUGUCCUUGAUUAAUCUAGACCAGUAUGGAAAAGCUGAGCAGCUCGUUGCGAAAGUGCCCAAGUCGUUGGAGAAGCUGUUGAUUUUGGAAAUCUCGUACAUUUACUACAAAGUUGGCAAGUGCUCGGAAAUUUUGAAACUUUAUGAGACUUAUGAGUCCCAAGUCGAGUCAAAAUUCAUACAAGCAGGAUUGGUUCAUGUCCUCAUACAAACUUAUUACAAGCUUGGCGACUAUGCAAAAGCAUUGCAAUUGAACCAUCGUCUACUUGGGAGUGGUGACAGUGGCGAUGAAAAGUUGGACUUGGCCAUCAACGAGAAAGCAAUCGCGUCGCAAUUGAUCUUGCUGACUGGCGAGUCUGUUGAUUCCUCUUUGGAGCUAGCCGACGAGAGCAGCUACGAUUUGCUAUACAACGAGGCUAUUGUGCAAUUGGCCAAGUCGAAUUUGGCGGAAAGUUUGAGCUUGCUUCAACGGGCGCACAAGCUUUGUUUCGAUAACCACGUACCGGAGCAAGAGUUGGAGGCUGAAAUUCUUCCCAUUAACCUUGCAAUUUCCUACGUUUACCAAUUAAAAGGAGACCGUGCAAAAGCACAGGAGAUUUUGGAGUCCAUAAGUGUGGACAAAGUGGCAGACGCAUUGCUCAAACUUAUUGUGCAGAACAACUUGUACUCGCAGAAUAGUAUCCAAACAGGCGUUAGCCCCAAUUUUAUUGAAAGGGAGCUCGACAUUCAACAAAGAAUUCAGCAGUUGAAACAAAAAUUAACCAUUAUUCAGUACGACACCAUCUUGCACAACAGCAUACUUUUGAGAUUCGCAACUGGAAGCUUGAGCUCCUGUCAAUUGAAAGCGCCACUGCUUGCUCGGGGCAAAGGUUUAGUUGCGCAGGCUUACAAAAUCUUGACAGCACUCGACAUUACUUACAAAAGCAUAAACGACCCGUCUCAGACCAAGGCAAUAGGAAGGAAACUCGUGCGAUAUAUCACCCAGCAAACCGAUGCUCAAGUAAAAGAGGCCAGUGUGUUGCUCUUGGUGUUUGUAAAUUCCAAAUGGGGCAACUUUGACCAGAGCUUACCAAUUUUGGAGAAAAUGGCGCAAGAAUCGAUGAAUACAAUGGCAAUUUCUCCUGGGAUCGUGGGCACCUUGGUCAAUGUCUAUGAAAGUACGCAAAACAUCAACAAGUUAAAAACUCUCCUUCGAACAUUGGUUGAGAAAUUCUUGUACAGUCCACCAGAUGCCUUCAAAAAGGCAGAUUAUUUCAACACUGCGAAAAUCAUUGCAAUGAAAAACAUGGCAUUUAGCAAAGACUCGCGACAAUUGUUUGAGUAUUUGCAUGAAGCCAAUCCUCAAGACGAUCUCAUAAACUCCGUUUUGUCAAACUCCGACGAGAAGUUGACACCGAUAGAAGAGCUCGCAUCGAGCAAAUCAGUAGAGGAGCUUUUAGCUGUCAAUAUUGCAGAUUUGAUUCCAAAUAAAACACAACCAAUCAGAACCGUACACCUGAAGAAUGCACCCAAAGUCACAAAGAAACAACGCAAGCCGACAUUUGGCAAGAGCAAAGUUGUAAAGCCAGAGGGAGAAUUAAAAUUGGAUGAAGAGAGAUGGUUGCCGAUGAAACUCAGAAGCUACUGUAAGCCGCUGAAGAAGAAGAGAGCUGGUGGACAUCAAGGUGCAGUCGAGCCAACUGCAUCUGUCCAAUCAGCAACAUCGGCGCAGGGCACUUCUUCUUCUACUUCUUCGAGUAGCGGGAAUAAGAAAAAGAAGAAGAAGGGAAAGAAAUAG